GCGGGUUGUUUUUUAUGUUCAUGGGUUGAAGCGACCCCAAUAGCGUGAUAUUUAGCCGCUGUUAUAGGAAUUUUACUGGAGGAUCCCCGCCGAAAAACGCGAUUGUGCUAGCCUUGGGCUAGUUUUUUGUAGCAAAUGGGCGGGUUUUGUUGCCAAAACCUGGCAACCCUGUCGCCACGCCCUCAACCAGUGUUUUUUCAGUCAGUCCAGCUGUAGCCAGGCAAACCGAAGGAUCUUUCAUUUGUGCUGGAUUUUAAUGUUUAGAGUACAGACAUACAAACUAAAAUGUCAAAAUCCAUCAAAGAGUUCAGUCUUCACUACGACCCCAUUAAUGAAAGCAAUACUUUUACUAGUGGGGAUAUUGUGGAGGGACGAGUUGUUUUGGAGGUUAUCAAAGAAAUAAAGGUGGACAGUUUUUUUGUGAAGCUGACGGGGGACGCACAUGUGAGCUGGACUGAAGGCUCAGGUGACGACGAAACAACCUACAGCGACCACGAGAGAUACUUCAAACUAAAGCAAUACUUCAUUCAAGAGAGCUCGAAGAAAGGAGAAGGCGAAAAGAAUACAACUCUUAUAGAUGGAGAGACUUAUGGACCAGUGAUUAGGCCAGGAAGUCAUGUUUUUCCAUUCAGAUUCCAGCUGCCUCAACAAAACAUGCCUCCAUCUUUUAAAGGAUUUCAUGGCUCGGUUAAGUAUGUCUUGACAGUAAAGCUGAGCAGGCCUUGGAAGUCAACAUCUUCUACACAGACAGAAUUAAACUUUGUGCUGAGAAAUGAUGGGACCAAUGAUCAUUUACUGCAACCACAAUCUGGCACACAAGACAAGAAGAUGAAACUUUUUGGCUCAGGAAAAAUGUCAGUGACUGUAACAACUGAAAAAACUGGCUAUAUGCAAGGUGAAACAAUUAAAGUUUUUGUCGACAUUGACAACUCUUCAUCUCGUGAUGUCAAGCUAAAGUACAGCCUCAAGCAGCUACAAACGUUCAUCGCUGGCAAGAGCACUAAUAGAGGACAUAAGGAUAUAGUCAAAGAGACUAGAGAUCGCAUCCCUUCUGGAGAAAAGUCUAAAUUUAUAGUGGACAUGGCACUUCCACAUGACCUGACUGUCACCUUUGAAAACUGCAGAAUUCUAAAAGUGCAGUAUGAACUUAAGGUAUAUCUGGAUGUGUCUUUUGCUUCAGAUCCAGAAGUCAGAUUUCCUGUGGUCAUUCUUCCAGCUGAACAACAGUGUCCUCCCUGGCAAGGCCCACCUGGAGGAUUCCAGCCAUAUCCACCACCUCAGCCUAACCUUGUGCCUUAUCCUGGUGAACUACCUCCUCCACCUGCAGGACUUUACCCCAAUUUGUAUGACCCUACAGUGCUGCCCUUUCCAGGAACUGCUGCAGGGGUCUAUCCAAAUCCACAUGCCAUCCAGCCUGGUUUCCAUCCAGAUCCUUCUGCACCGGUUUAUGAUCCAAAUCAAAGCACUAUAUAAUUCUGUCCUAAUAUGCCUUCUUGGUGUCCUGUACCAGCCUUGUCUCCAUGCCUUCUGUCUACAAGCUCAGUGCCUAUUAUUGUGCCUUUUUAAGCUUAGCACUUUUGUCACUAUACAGCAAAUGUAUACAGACCUUAUGUAGCCCCGCCCC